UAAUAGGUGGAAAUGGCGCACACAAUUUACAAUUGGAGUUAGCAUCUUUGUUGCAAAAAAUGAUAUCCGAGCCACGGGAUCGCACCUUGAACCGCCAUUAUAGUUUUUGAUGUGUUCUCGAGGUCCGUAACCGAAGUGCACACAAAUUUUCUCUCUCUUGAUUCUUAGCUUGGUUUUGGUCGGAAUGCAACUUCUAUUAUGCCUAGAAUUUCUCUUGGUAAAUGUUCAGUUUAAAUAUACCGUUAUGUACAAUAACUUUCUUUCUUUUUUAUUUCUUUAAUUUUUUUAUUGAUUUAUAUACACUAGGAAACACAUUCCUAUGGAAAGGUUCUUUUCGAACUAUGAGCAAAAACUCACUUACCGCAAGCGUAAAUUUAAGUAAGAUAAGUUGGAUUUAACUUUUUCUAUUCUGAAAAUAUAUUUUAUUUCAAAAUAUACACCUUAUAAAUAUAGAUUUAAUGUUAUACAGCAAACUUUUAAUCCUUCCCACUUUUAUACAGCUUAUAAAACAAAUUGGUGUGGAAAAGUUCUUCUUGAAAUGUAAGCAAAAAUCCACUUACCACAAGUUAACUCUAAGUAAGAUGAACUGGACCAACUUUUUUUUUUUCGAGAAAUUUCUUUUUUUAUCUAUGAGCCUCUCCGAAUCUGACUUCUUCUUAGAAAUUAUUAAACAAGUUCCCCUUUAUUAUUAGAUAACACAUUAGCAUGGAAAGAUACGUCUCGGAUCAUAAGUCAAAGAUCAUUUACCACAACUAUGACUUUAGAAAACACUUUGAAAUGGAAACAUUUAUCUCAAAAAAUAAGCGAGAGUGUACUUACCACAUUUCCAAGGCCAGGACACAGUCAUGAAACCUCAAACAAGAAGCAAUUAAAGUUUUAUAUUCUUGUCGUUUUAUCAGUUCUGUCUUUCAUAAUUAUCAUUUUAUUGUUUAUAUAUUUAUCCAGAAGAAAUUUCUUACGAGAAAAUGAAGAACAACAACAAAAUGUCACAUACACAAGCCUAAGUGACCUUUUUGUCACCCCUACGUAUGAAGAAAUUCCUGUACAUUCGACCGAAAACAGUUGGAUUGGAUAUGAACUUUCUCCCACUGUUGUGGAGGAAUCCACAAAAUUUAUUCCUCAUUACGAAUUGAUUGAUCAAAGAUUACUAGUACCUCCUGCUAAUUCAUAAGAAAAUUUAUGUGUAAUUUAAUUUAGGGACAAUUGGGUGCUUGGACUAUCUAUAUUCCAUAAAAAAUCCCAUUAAAAUGCAGUUUUAUAAAUCAAGGUCUUCCCUACAAUAUUAAUUUUAUUUGGCAUGGUCGUGCGUGAAAACAAGUGGUACUGCAACUAAACCAAAUUUGUGCAGCAAAACGAAAAAGACAAGGUGACAACAACUGUUUUAUGUUUCUUUUGAGGUCUUUUUUUAUUUUAGGCUGGGCUUAUCUAUAUAUUAAUACGCCUUGUGAGGCCACGUCACACAAAUCACAGGUCACUUUCUUACGACGUGGCGUUACGCUAAAAUUUACCAAGUUAAAGAAAACCCAAAUCAGGGGGUUGCUAUAUAAAUAUUAAAUUCUCUUUUCUUAUUUUUUUUUUUAAAUAAAAUCUUUUUCCUUACUCAUUAAAACUAAUUUUUAUUUUAA